AUGGGUCUUAACUUGGAAGAAAUCUAUGGCAAAGAACUAGACGACCAGACUCCCCAGGAGUAUUCCGAGUACCAGCCAAAGAAAGGCUAUGGCUGGGCGGGUACUCUGCCGGAGCGGCAGGGUCUAUAUGACCCAGAGUACGAGAAGGAUGCCUGCGGUGUAGGCUUUGCAGCUCACAUCAAGGGCAAGGCGAGCCACAAGAUUGUUAGCGAUGCCCGCAACCUGCUGUGUAACAUGACCCACCGUGGUGCCGUUGGCUCGGAUGCGCGCGAUGGUGACGGUGCUGGUGUGAUGACUAGCAUCCCGCACAAGUUCUUCAUCAAAAACUUUGCCCGGGAGGUCGGCCUGGACCUGCCCCCGCUGGGUCAGUAUGCGGUCGGCAACCUCUUCUUCAAGCCGGACGAGGAGGCUCUCAAGCAAUCCAUCGCCAGCUUCGAGGAGCUGGCCACAUCCCUUGGCCUCCGUGUGCUGGGAUGGCGGGAGGUGCCCCGUGACUCGACCAUCCUCGGUCCUGCGGCCCUGUCCCGCGAGCCCAUUGUUAUGCAGCCAUUCGUCGUGUUGAAGUCCGCUUACGGCGAGGGCAACAAACCCGAGAUCACCGACCCAGAGAAGUUUGAUGAGAGAACCUUUGAGAUCCAAUUGUACGUGCUGCGGAAGCGCGCCACUCAUGUCAUUGGCCUAGGCAACUGGUUCUACCUGUGCUCGCUCAGCAACCGCAACAUUAUCUACAAGGGCCAGCUGUCUCCGGUCCAGGUGUACCAAUACUACCAUGACCUCGUCAACGUCGACUACGAGGGUCACUUUGCUCUCGUCCAUUCCCGUUUCUCCACCAACACAUUUCCCUCCUGGGACCGUGCCCAGCCCCUGCGGUGGGCGGCUCACAACGGUGAGAUCAACACGUUGCGAGGAAACAAGAACUGGAUGCGCGCGCGUGAGGGUGUCCUGCGGUCCGAAGUGUUCGGUGAUGAGCUGGACCUACUGUACCCCGUCGUUGAGGAUGGAGGUUCCGACUCGGCUGCUUUCGACAACGUUCUGGAACUGCUGAUGAUCAACGGCGUUCUGUCUCUGCCCGAGGCCGUCAUGAUCAUGAUUCCCGAGGCCUGGCAGGACAACCCGGCCAUGGACCCAGCCAAGGCCGCCUUUUAUGAGUGGGCUGCUUGCCAGAUGGAGCCCUGGGAUGGCCCGGCUCUUUUCACCUUCUCCGAUGGGCGCUACUGCGGUGCCAAUCUGGACCGCAACGGUCUGCGUCCGUGCCGUUUCUACGUCAUGGAUGAUGACCGCAUUGUUUGUGCCUCGGAGGUCGGCGCUAUUGACAUCGACCCCGAGCGUGUGGUUCAAAAGGGUCGUCUGCAGCCCGGAAAAAUGCUGCUGGUUGACACCCUGGCCGGUCGCAUCAUUGACGACGCCGAAUUGAAACAGACCGUCGCCCACCGACAGGACUUCGCCAGCUGGCUGGACAAGGAGCUCCUGAAGCUGCCCGCGAUCAAGCAGAAGCUGCUGGAUCAGAAUGUGGAUCUGUCCUUCACUUUGGAUGACAACACCAUUCAGAACGACCCUCGCCUCCAGGCCUUUGGAUACUCAUUUGAGCAGGUCAGCCUGCUCCUCGGGCCCAUGGCUGCUGACUCGAAGGAAGCCCUCGGCUCCAUGGGUAACGAUGCCCCUCUGGCAUGCAUUGCUCAACAGCCCCGCCUGCUCUACGAGUACUUCCGUCAGCUCUUUGCUCAGGUCACCAAUCCGCCCAUUGAUCCCAUUCGUGAGGCCGUGGUUAUGUCCCUUGAAUGCUACGUUGGCCCUCAGGGUAAUCUGCUGGAGAUGGACGCUUCCCAGUGCCACCGUCUGCUCUUGAAGUCCCCCAUCUUAACAAUCCCGGAGUUCAAUGCCCUGAAGAAUAUCAACGAGGCCCACAAGGACUGGACUGUUCGGACGAUCGAUAUCACCUUUGAGAAGAAGAAGGGCACUGCCGGCUACCUGGAAGCCCUGGACGCCAUUUGCGAUGCGACUACUGAGGCCAUCCAGAACGGUGACAAGCUGAUUGUGCUCUCGGACCGUGCUACCAGCGCGGAGCGCGUUCCCGUCUCUGCUCUUCUCGCUACCGGUCUCGUGCACCACCACCUGGUUCGCAACAAGUGGCGAUCUCUUGCCGCUCUGGUCGUUGAGACCGCCGAGGCUCGCGAGGUGCACCACCACUGCGUCCUGCUCGGCUAUGGUGCUGAUGGCAUCAACCCUUACCUCGCUCUGGAGUGCAUUCUCAAGAUGAACCGCGAGAACCUGAUCCGCAAGGACCUCAGCGAUGACAAGGUCGUUGAGAACUACAAGGCUUCAUGCGAUGGUGGUAUUCUCAAGGUCAUGAGUAAAAUGGGUAUCUCCACCCUACAGUCCUACAAGGGUGCCCAGAUCUUCGAAGCCCUCGGUAUCGAUGACAGCGUUAUUGAUCGCUGCUUCGCUGGUACCGCGAGCCGCAUUCGUGGUAUCACUUUCGAUCUGAUUGCCCAGGAUGCUUUUGCUUUCCACGAGCGCGGAUAUCCCUCCCGUGAGAUCGUUGAAGUCCCCGGUCUCCCAGAAUCUGGCGAGUACCACUGGCGUGAUGGCGGCGAGUCGCACAUCAACGACCCUGUUAGUAUUGCCAACAUGCAGGAUGCCGUUCGCACCAAGAACGACAAGUCCUAUGAGGCCUACGCCCGUGCAGAGCACGAGCAGAUUAAGAACUGCACUCUGCGCGGUAUGCUCGACUUUGAUUUCGAUCAGCGCACCCCUAUCCCAAUCGACCAGGUUGAGCCCUGGACCGAGAUUGUUCGUCGCUUUGUCACCGGUGCCAUGUCCUACGGAUCGAUCUCCAUGGAGUCUCACUCGACCCUGGCUGUUGCCAUGAACCGUCUUGGUGGCAAGUCCAACACCGGUGAAGGUGGUGAAGACCCGGAGCGCAGCAGGCGCAUGGAGAAUGGCGAUACCAUGAGGUCCGCCAUCAAGCAGAUUGCCUCUGGCCGUUUUGGUGUGACCUCCAACUACCUCGCGGAUGCCGAUGAACUGCAGAUCAAGAUGGCCCAGGGUGCUAAGCCUGGUGAGGGUGGUGAACUGCCAGGCCAUAAGGUCGUUGGCCCUAUUGCCCGCACUCGUUACUCUACUCCCGGUGUCGGUCUCAUCUCCCCGCCUCCGCACCACGACAUCUACUCCAUUGAAGAUCUGAAGCAGCUCAUCUACGACCUGAAGUGUUCCAACCCCCGCGCUCGUGUUUCCGUCAAGCUCGUGUCCGAAGUUGGCGUGGGUAUCGUCGCCUCCGGUGUCGCCAAGGCCAAGGCUGACCACAUCCUGAUCUCUGGUCACGAUGGUGGUACUGGUGCGUCGCGCUGGACGGGUAUCAAGUAUGCGGGUCUUCCUUGGGAGCUGGGUCUUGCCGAAACCCACCAGACUCUCGUUCUGAACGACCUCCGUGGCCGUGUCGUCGUCCAGACUGACGGUCAAAUUCGUACCGGCCGUGACCUCGCGGUCGCCUGUCUCCUUGGAGCGGAGGAAUUCGGCUUCGCAACGACCCCUCUGAUUGCAAUGGGUUGUAUUAUGAUGAGGAAGUGCCAUCUGAACACUUGCCCGGUCGGUAUCGCGACUCAGGACCCAGAGCUGCGCCAGAAGUUCCAGGGCACACCUGAACACGUGAUUAAUUUCUUCUACUAUGUCGCCAACGAGAUGCGUGCUAUCAUGGCCAAGCUGGGCGUGCGCACUAUCAACGAGAUGGUCGGUCGUGCUGAGUUGCUUCGCGUCCGUGACGACAUUCGGAACCAGAAGCAGGAGCGCGUGGAUCUGUCACUGAUUUUGACUCCGGCUCACUCGCUGCGUCCUGGCGUUGCUACAUACAACGUCCGCAAGCAGGAUCACCGCCUCCACGUCCGUCUUGACAACAAGCUAAUUGCCGAGUCCGAGUUGGCCUUGGAGAAGGGCCUCCCUUGCCGCAUCGAGUGUGACAUCGUCAACACUGACCGUGGCCUUGGUGCAACGCUCUCCUACCAAGUUAGCAAACGCUAUGGCGACGUCGGCCUGCCGCAGGACACCAUCCAUGCCAACAUCAAGGGCUCUGCUGGUCAAUCCUUCGGCUCCUUCCUUGCCCCCGGUAUCACCCUGGAGCUUGAGGGUGAUGCCAACGACUAUGUUGGCAAGGGUCUUUCGGGUGGUCGUCUCAUUGUCUACCCGCCUCGCGGUGCCGCCUUCAAGGCUGAGGAGAACGUUAUCAUUGGUAACACCUGUCUGUAUGGUGCUACCCGCGGUACUUGCUACUUCCGUGGUCUCGCUGCUGAGCGUUUUGCUGUCCGCAACUCUGGCGCCACUGCCGUCGUGGAGGGUGUUGGUGACCACGGUUGUGAGUACAUGACUGGUGGUCGUGUCCUCGUUCUCGGAUCUACUGGUCGCAACUUCGCUGCUGGUAUGUCUGGAGGUAUCGCCUAUGUGCUGGACGUGAACCAGGACUUCCACUCCAAGGUCAACCUGGAGAUGGUUGAAGUUUCUGGUAUUGAGGAACCGUCUGAGAUCGCUUUUGUUCGUGGUCUGAUUGAGGACCACCACCACUACACCGGCUCCGAGAUGGCUGCCCGUAUCCUUCUCGACUUCACCCGUGCUCUCCCUCACUUCGUCAAGGUCCUGCCGACUGACUACAAACGCGUCAUGGCCGAAGAGGCCGCCAAGGCAGAGGCUGCGAAGAAGGCAGAGUUCACUCUCCCCAAGCUCCCCAGCACCCCGGUCGCCGCCGAGAAGACCGAGGCUGAGGCCAAGAAGGCUGACCUUCUAGACAUUGAGGACAGCAUCAGCGACUCUAAGAAGGAGAAGAAGCGUUCUGCUCUGAUCCUGGACAAAACCCGCGGCUUCAUGAAGUACAGCCGGCGGAGCGAGAAGUACCGCAACCCCACCACUCGCACCCGUGACUGGGCGGAGCUGUCCAACCGUCUCAGUGAGGAUGAGCUCAAGUACCAGUCUGCUCGUUGCAUGGACUGUGGUGUUCCUUUCUGCCAGUCUGACACUGGUUGCCCUAUCUCCAACAUCAUCCCCAAGUGGAACGAGCUGGUCUUCCGGGACCAGUGGCAGGAUGCCCUUAACCGUCUGCUGAUGACCAACAACUUCCCUGAAUUUACUGGUCGUGUCUGCCCCGCUCCUUGCGAGGGUGCCUGUGUUCUGGGUAUCAAUGAGGACCCCGUCGGCAUCAAGUCGAUCGAAUGCGCCAUCAUCGACCGCGGCUGGGAGAUGGGCUGGAUGGUUCCUCGUCCUCCCAAGACCCGUUCUGGCAAGACUGUCGCCAUCAUUGGCUCUGGCCCUGCUGGUCUGGCUGCUGCUGACCAGCUCAACAAGGCUGGUCACACCGUGACUGUCUACGAGCGUGCCGACCGCAUUGGCGGUCUGCUCAUGUAUGGUAUCCCCAACAUGAAGCUCGACAAGAAGGUCGUCCAGCGCCGUGUCGACCUCAUGGCUGCUGAGGGCGUCAAGUUCGUGACGAACGCUGCUGUUGGUCCCGACAACGAGGUCUCUCUCCAGUCCCUCCGGGCCACCAACGACUCGGUCAUCAUCGCCACUGGUGCCACUGUCGCUCGUGACCUCAAGGUUCCUGGCCGUGAGCUGGACGGCGUGCACUUCGCCAUGCAGUUCUUGCACCAGAACACCAAGUCCCUGCUGGACUCCAACCUCGCCGAUAACGCCUACAUCUCCGCCAAGGACAAGCAUGUUGUUGUCAUUGGCGGUGGAGAUACCGGUAACGACUGCAUUGGUACCUCGGUCCGUCACGGUGCCAAGUCCGUCACCAACUUCGAGCUGCUGCCCCAGCCGCCCCCAGAGCGUGCCGGUGACAACCCGUGGCCCCAGUGGCCUCGCAUCUACCGUGUCGACUAUGGCCACUCUGAAGUCAAGACUCACAUGGGCAAGGAUCCGCGUGAGUACUGUGUCAUGUCGACCGAGUUCACGGACGAUGGCAGCGGGCGUGUCAAGGGUAUCAACACCGUUCGCGUCGAGUGGACCAAGAGCGCCACUGGCGGCUGGGACAUGAAGACCGCGGAGGGUAGCGAGCAAUUCUUCCCCGCCGACCUGGUCCUUCUGUCAAUGGGCUUCUUGGGACCUGAGGACCGCCUCCUCGGUGAGGAGAUUGAGCGUGACCCUCGCAAGAACGUGAAGACUCCUCCUGGACACUACUCGACCAACAUCCCUGGUGUGUAUGCGGCGGGUGACUGCCGACGUGGACAGUCUCUGAUUGUCUGGGGUAUCAACGAAGGCCGUCAGUGUGCGCGUGAAGUGGAUGCUUUCCUCAGCGGCAUCAGCUCCCAACUGCCUGUCACCGGUGGCAUUGUCCGCCGUCCUGCCAUGGACGCGGUUCCCCAGCCCGCCCAGGCUUCCGUCCCGGCCUAA